AUGUGUGGAAAAAAUCUGCUAUUUCAUAGACUUCAUCUUGAAGACAGGCACCACAAUAAACUGAGCCCUGCAGAUUUUCUUCAGAUUACUAAACAUUCAUUACAGUCCCAUGAGUCUUGUGCUGAAGAGGAGCCGAUUCAGACUUUCAUACCAAAACUACUGAUGAUGAACUACAGAGCAAGAUACAUUAAAACUGAGGAGAACAAUCACACACACAUUAAAACUGAGGAAGAUCACACACAACAAAGAGACAAAGAAGUUGAGGGUAAUAUUUUUGAUGAUGAUCUUAAAAGCAUCUCUUUCUCUAAAAAAGGAACAAAUCAGUCUGACCCUGUUCACCCAAUGGAUGUUCAGAUGGCCGUGUUUCACUGUGCUGAUGGUUUCCUGAAGCAGCUGAUGGUGACUAAACUGCCCCAGUGUCAGUACGCUCUGCCUCUGCUUGUUCCUGAUCCAUUCACACGACAGAUUGAGUUUCCUCUCUGGACAUUCAGACAAGUCAAGAAGAGCUGGAAGAUGAGAAACAACAAUGAAAUCAUCAGUCAAACCCAGCCGAUCUACAAGGCAGAAACUCCAAUGGUGUUUUUCUUCAGGUUUGGCUCUGUGUCUUCAUCCAAGUCUCAGCUGAUGAACAGUCUGAUCAAUGAGAAACACAACACGUUCUUCCACAGGAACUGCCCAGGCAGCAGCAGAACCAGAGUCCUGAUGGAUGGAGUGGUGGAGAUCGCCUGGUUCUGGCCCUCUGGAAAGGAUAUGGAUAAAUUUACUGACUGUAUUGCGUUCUGUAAUCUACACGGUGAUGCAGGAGACCAUGAGAAACAGCUGCAGAUCCUCACUGAAAUGGCCUCAGUCAAUGUUGUUCUUCUACCAAAACUGGACAGGAACGACAAACAUGCAGCAAAGAUACAAAACCUGUACAAGGACAGAAAGCCACUCAUUUGUGCUCUUACUAAGGAUAAAUCUACUGUCAAUGAAAUGAAAAAUGACAAAUACAAGAUUGGUCUUAAAGACAGAAAUCAGUCAGAUGUAUCUGAAGAACUCUGAAGAGUUAUAAAUAAUUGUCUCUCACAAUCAUCUUCCAUUUUCAGACUUGAAGAUGUGUCCAAACACUCAGAUAUCAGAGUAGAUGAGGAAGAUGAUGAUGACUGCAGGAGAGGAAGAGAAGCAGCACAGCAGAUGAUGAGUUUACUGGAGAAUAAAGAUCUGACAAAAAUCAAAGAAUAAUUUCUGCCUCAUCAGGGGAAACUGUGGCAUCAGUGGAGUCAGAAGAACAAAGAACUACAUCGACCUCGAGCAGAUGAGAUAGAAAUAGAAAAAAGUAAAAGAAAUCAAAUGAAGGAACUUCGGGAACAGCAGCAUAAAGUUAACAUAAAUACAUAUAUACAGUCAUUUAUUAAAGAAAUUAUCUCACAUGCUGAGAAUAAGAUGUAUUUUCUUAAAUGGCUUGGAAUUUUCCUGGAUGCACAUACCUCACAAGAUAUUUCUGCCCUUCAUCACAAAUAUGAUGAAAAGUGGUCAGCCGUUAUAAAGCUGAAAAAGAACCAUUAUAAAUCUGAACAACUUAACACUGAUCAAACUAUACUUGAGAAAAUAUCUGAGGAUCUUCAAGCUGCAGCCUUUGGUUUGGAGCACAUCAUGAGGGAAAUCGGACAAAUCUAUGAAUCAUGUUCAUCAGUGAAGAAGAACAAGAAAGACCUGAAAGACUUCUCUUCUCUCCCGAGUCUUGCAGCAGAGAUGAUGAUCUCUGGAUUUCCACUGGAGCUGAUGGAUGGAGACGCUGCUCAUGUUCCUGUGAUCUGGAUCUCUGCUGUUCUAGAUCAACUCAUCCAGAAACUGGGAGACCAGAGAGUCUUUGUGCUGUCAGUUUUAGGGCUUCAGAGCUCUGGGAAAUCCACCAUGCUGAACGCCAUGUUUGGACUCCAGUUUGCCGUCAGUGCUGGAAGAUGCACCAGAGGAGCUUUCAUGCAGCUGGUCAGAGUCUCAGAUGAGAUGAAAACACAACUGAACUUUGACUAUAUUCUGGUUGUUGAUACUGAGGGUCUUCGUUCUCUAGAACUGGCUGGACGAUCAACAAGAGAUCAUGACAAUGAAUUGGCUACAUUUGUUGUUGGUCUGGGAAAUAUGACAUUGAUCAAUAUUUUUGGUGAAAACCCAUCUGAGAUGCAGGACAUUCUUCAGAUUGUUGUUCAGGCCUUCAUGAGGAUGAAGAAGGUCAGACUGAAUCCCAGCUGUGUGUUUGUACAUCAGAACGUUUCAGACGUCACAGCUGGAGAGAAAAACAUGGAGGGAAGGAGGCGACUGCAUGAGACACUGGAUGAGAUGACAAAACUCGCUGCUAAAGAGGAAGGCUGUGAUGCAGAACAUUUCAGUGAUAUCAUUAGAUUUGAUGUUCAGAAUGAUGUGAAGUAUUUUCCUCAUCUCUGGGAGGGAAACCCACCCAUGGCACCGCCAAACCCAAACUACUGUGAGAACAUUCAAGAACUAAAGGAAACUAUCAUGUCUCAUGCCUCAAAAUCGUGUGGAAUGAUGCUGAUAGACUUAAAAGACCGUAUUAAAGAUCUCUGGGAGGCUUUACUGAAUGAAGGGUUCGUUUUCAGUUUCAGAAAUUCUCUGGAGAUUUCAGCUUACAGGAAACUGGAGACCGAAUACAGCAAGUGGUCCUGGAGUCUUCACAAAGCCAUGUUGGAAACUGAGAACAAACUACACAACAAAAUAGAAAAUGAAACAAUUCAUGAGGUUGAGGAAACUGAUCUUCUAAGAGAACUGAAGAAGACAAGUGAAGAAGUAAAAAAAUCAGUGUCUGAAUUCUUUAAGAAAGACAAAGAUAAAGAUAUACUGAUUCAAUGGAAAACAUCAUUUGACCUCAAAAUCAAAGAGCUUCAGGAAAACAUUGUGAGCGAAACUAAGAGAAAAUUAAAUGAGAUUCUUCAGCAUGGAGCAACAUCAGCUGCUAUUUUUGGUGAGAUCAUCUGUCAGAAACUGAAAGAUCCCAUUGAGCAGAGUGUCUAUGAGAAGACUGCUAGAGAUCUGACAGAUGAAAUUAGAUCAAACUGUGAAUCGCUGAAUGGAAGCAGAUCAAAUCUGGAGAAACACAUCCUGAAGACACUGGCAGAAGAGGAGGAUUUUGACAAAUACAUGAACUACAUUCGUAAUCCCAGAGAUCACUUCAAGAGUUUCAUCAGAGAUGAAGUCAGUCGGUACAUCACUGAUCAGUUCAGUGUCAAUGUUUUACCCAAGAUGGAGGAGAACAUUAAACUCCUGCAGCAGAAGAUCAUGAAAGCAGCUCAUGAAUCUACUAAACAUGUUCAAGUGAAGAGAGGAGAUGCUGGUUUGUGGUUGAAGAGUUUCACACAGCAGCUCUCAGAUGUGCUGAUCUUCUCUGAAAAAGACCUCAGUGGAGUCAAACAUGACGAUGUUGAUGAUUUCAACCUCCUCGAAGAUGUGAUAAGACAAGAACUUACUGAUAUAAUGUCUGACAUCAGCAGUAGAUUCAACACAAAGACAUUUCCAGUAAAGCUGGACUUUAAAUUCAGACCAGAUGAGCUUCUGAUUGAUCACCUCUGUCAGUGCUGUUGGGUUCAGUGUCCGUUCUGUAAAGCCAUCUGUACCAACACCAUAGAAAACCAUGGUGGAGAUCACAGUGUUCCUUUCCAUCGUGUUACAGGACUAAGAGGGUGGUGUCACUACAAAACAACACACUUUUCUACUCAAAUAUGCACAUCUGCAGUAGCGAGCAGCAUACAAUCUUUUUGUCCUAAUUUGUCAGACAAGCCAGUCCUCUGGAGAGAUUACAGAAGAGCAGGAGGAGUUUAUGCAGACUGGAGCAUCACACCUGACCUCUCUGAACCACCCUACUGGAAGUGGUUUGUGUGCAGAUUCCAGAAAGAUCUGGAAAAAUAUUACAAUAAUACAUUUGAGGGGAAGGGUGAGAUCCCAGAUGAAUGGAGAACACACUCAAAACAGGAUGCUUUUGACAGUUUGAAUAAAUACAUUUAA